AUGGCCAAAUGCACCAAGAAGAUCUGCAUUGUGGAUGAAUAUGGGACCUGCUAUGGUGCCUCACUCUGGUAAAUGCUGAAGAAAAUUAAAAUCAACUAGCACCCCAAGUACACCUGCUCCUUCUGUGGCAAAACCAAGAUGGGUAAAUGGCCUGUAGGGAUCUGGCACUUUGGUUCUUGCAUGGAAACAGUCACUGGUGGUGCCUGGACCUACAAUACCAUUUCUGUGGUCACAAUUAAGUCAGCCAGCAGCAGACUAAAGGAAUUGAAGUAGAAGCUCUAGUAUUUGAGACAUCCCUAGCCUAUAAUAAAUGGGUAAAUUUAUGUAAAAUAAAAUAAAUUUUUAAAAAAAGUGUCCUUUGGGGUAGGUAUGGUAACGUAGCUGGAGAACUCAGGAAAGCCAAGGAAGCUGGCAGAUGGAGAUGGAGAAGGUGGAAGUGAUUAGGAACCAGGGAUGACUCACCUUUCACCACAAGGGAUUCCCGUACUAACUCUUCCAGUAGGGUUUGUAAGUCUGACACAAAAGACAUUGAGUGCCCCAGGAGGUCAAAGAUAGGGAUGUCUUCAUGCCUUAAAAAGACUGGGUGGCAGCAAAGUAGUCUAGGAAGAUAUUCCCAAGCUUUGGAGCCAGGAAGACAGAAGUGAAAUCUGAACAAGUUUCUUGACCUCUUUGAGUACUACCAAGCACAAUAGUGGUGCC